AUGGACACCACUUCACAGCGAGGUGCCAGUACUUCUGUCGGCACAUCGCAGGAAGAGCGGGACCGCAAUGUGUUGCGUCUCGCUCCAGAAAAGAAGGCAUGGAUGCCUCCUAAAUCCGUCAUGGAUCACUUGUCGGCGACGACGAGUGAUCGUUAUCGAACACGAUUGUUCGAUUCGUCAAGGAUCCAUCACCUUGACCCCAGCGCGAAAAACUAUCGCGCUGAGAAUGAGUUCUUCAUCGAUGCUUUCUUUAAGCAUCGAUGGUGCAGUGGGAACCACAAACGUGAUGGUCCCUCACUGCCUCAGGCGUGGAACGCCUACAUCCAUAACCUUGAGGAUGUAGGUCGUGACGUUUGGAACGACAAACUUAUCAAAGCUCGUGAUAAGUUUGAAAAGCGAACCCCGACAGGUGCACGCUACAAGCUGCAUCGUCUGUCAAGGGAGAAAGGAUUACCCUGUCUCUUCUGGGGAGACCCUGAGAUGUACGAAGGGAUUGACAACCUGAAAUCCCUUUACGACCGUGCCGGGAAGACUUUCUCCGGUGGUCCUUCUGCGGCACAGGAUGUGCCGCGUCGUACUGCUCAACCAGACCCAGUACGUCGAUCAUCAGUUGGGAGCGGGGCUUCCAAGUAUCCCAGGACGGAGGAUAGCCUCGCCACCGAAAGAGGCAACUCGUCCGACGUCCGUUCGCGUCGCGGUGGUUCAACAGCUGCUCAAUCAGAUAGCGCUGGCCACCGCGAGAGUCCUCCAAUGGAGGUUGAGGAGGAGGGGAGACGCUCUCCAAGCUAUCGUGGGGGAGCGUUUGUCUUAGAGAGCUUCUUUGAUCGCGUAACUCUUGCGUUACGCGACGACCUCGAGCAUGAGCGGGACAGGCGUCUUCAACUGGCGGACACUGUCUCAAAGCAUUAG